AAUGAAGGCUUUCCGCUAUUAAGUUACUCUCAAUAUAAGCAAAGUAGAGCUCUCUGUUAAAUUCCCCUGUACUUUAUAAGUGAUGUGGAAAAGAGGGCUCAAUAAAUGUUUGACUAGGACCAAAGAAAAAACUAAAAAUAUUUUCAUUGUUAAUGAGGUACUUACACUAGAUUUCAAUGUUGGUGAAAAUACUUAAAAAAAGACUCAUUUAAUAGCUCUUUUAAAUGUUGAUGGGUAAUCGAAAUUAGCUGGAGUUGUUAAUUUUAAUAUUAAUGAAACUAUGCCUAUUGAAGGAUAAUGUGCAUUAAAUUUAGAAAGAAGUCCAGAUCCAAAUGCAAAAAUCUAUUUUACUUAUUAAGUUGUUAAUCUUGGAGAAACUGAUCUAAGUGAAAGUCGUGCCAGUGAAUCAUUUCACUAAAAAACUCUUGCAGAUUCUUUUGGUUUUGAUAAAGAAAAUUUAAAUCAACGAAUACUUAGUUAAAAGAAAUCUUCGACUUAAUAAAUUUCUAAUUAUGAAGUUCUAUUAACUAAGGAAUUAUAUGAAAAGAGUCUUAAAGAUCUUGAUUAAUAAAAGAUUAAAAAUAAUCAAUUACAAGAUUAAGUUAAACAAUUAUCAAAUGAAAAAUCAACUUAUACAGAAGAAGUUAAAAAGUUAAAAAAUGAAAUUAUAUAACUAUAAAAUGAAAAUGAAUAUUUGGAAGAAUAAUUUGAAUCAUCAAAAUAAGAAAUUAUUAAAUUAAAAGAAAAUGCACAUUAAAUAAAUUAAUGUCAAAUUUAAAUUGAAAAAAUGAAUCAUGAAAUUGAAAAUUAUAAAAUUCAAAAUUCUAUUUUAGAAAAUAAAUAUUAAUAAACAUUCAAAAAGGCUAAACAAUUAGAAGAAAAAGUUGAAUUUUCACAUUUUAAUAAAAUUGAAAGAUCAACUAAUACUUAAUUUCAUGAAAUUCCUGAAUAUGUUUAAUAAAAUACUACAAUUUUACAAUUAGAUGAAUAAGUUAAAGAAUAUAAAAUAAAAAAUGAUAAAAUAACAUAUGAAUUGUAAUUUACAAAUAAUAAGUUAAAAACUUUAGAACAAGAAUUAUCUUAAUGUAAAUGUUAAAUAAUAUAAUAUUAAACUUAAUAAAGUCAGUUAAAAGAAUAAUGUAAUAGAUUUGAAAUUGAAAAUACAAAAUUAAAGAUGUUGAUUAAAUAAUUAGAAUAAGAUUAAAAUAACAAAGAUAAAGUAUAAAAUAAAAGCUAGAUUGAUUAUUAAAAAUAAGUAGAUUAAUUAAAAGAUCAACUUUAAUAGAAUAUAGAGAAGGUAAUAUUUAAUAUAUUAUUUUAUAUAUAGUUAGAAUAAGUCAAUGAUAAGUAUCGAUAAGCUAAGGAGAGAAUUCAAAAAUAAAAUGAUAUAAUUGAAUAAUAGAAUGAUGAACUCACCAUGUAAAAUAUGACAUUUCUUAAAGAGCUAUAAUUAAUUGCAAAAAGGCAGGAAUAAUUUGGGAUUGUUUGAUAUUUUUUACUUUUUAGUUAUUUUUUGUUUAUAUAUUAAUUAUCCGUUAAAAAAUGCUUAAAGUCUCUAAUAAAUCUAGAAAGAAUGAGUAAUUGGAAACCAUAUAAGCAAUAGAGAAAUGCACAAGUAUUAGUAAUUGUUGUGUAUUGUAGAAAUAAUGAAAGAAGAUCGUUUAUAAUUAAGAUAAAUGGUAAAAGAUGAAAAUGUCAAAUUAAUUGAAUUAAUAGCCAAACAUAAAAAAAAGAAUGAUUUAAAUGAUUUAUAAUAAGAACUUAGAAAGUUUUUAAAAGAAAAAAAAAUAUCUCCAGAAAAAGUUUAAGGAGCACCUGUAGUUUUAAGAAAAGUGAAAUCAAAAGAGAGAUAUGAAUGGAAUACUUCUAUGAGUUCAAAUCCUUCAAUAAGAUCACCUAGCAGAUCAAAUUUAGAUUUUAAGAAGAAAUAGAAAGAAGAAUCAAAUAAAAAAAUAGAAUCUUAAAAAAAAUUAGAGAAUUAAAAAAUAGAAUAAAAAGAAAAUGAUGAUUUAAAAAUAUUAGAUGAAAUUCAAGAAAUUAAACCAGAAUAAUAAAUUCUUAUUUUUAAUACAGCAAAUUCAGUAGUAGAUCCUUUUCAUGAGGAUUUAACACCUGUUAAAAUGGAAUUUUAGACUAUUGUGUCUUAAACACCAUUGAAUUAAAGUGAUUAAAGAAGUGAAUGCAUAUUAUAAUAUAAUGCUGCUGAAAUUUAACAUUAUAUGUAAUAAGAUAAACAUUAUGUAUCAAAAGAAACCUAUAUUAUACCUUAAUUGAUUAGUUUAAAUUAUAAACAAAUAGCACAUCCUGAUUAUUAAAAUUUGUUUACAGAUUGGAAAUCUCUUUUAAAACCUGAAUUACCAAGAUAUCAUUUGAAAGAGUGUUGUUUAUUUGAGGAAUAAUAAAAUUUAGAAUAAUCAAAAUUAAUAAAUUUGAAAAUUGAUCAAUCUCAAAUAGUUAAGAGUUUAGAAAUACGUGGAGUUACAGCAGAAGAAUUAUUUACAUAUUUGGUUCAUCAUCGAUUUACUAAAAGAUUGAAUUAGUAUUAAUUAAUAGAGAAUGCUAAAAUAUCUAUUCCAAAUGCAUAAUUAGAUUUAGAGUCUUUGUUCAAAUUAUCAGAUCAUGAUGAAGAUGGAUGGAUAAGUUUGGAAGAAUUAGGUUAGACAUUAUAGGAUACUUGUGUUGAGAAGGAGUAACAUAUGAAUCCAAUAAAAGAAUUGUAUAAUAGAUUAAGUGGAAAGGUGAAUAUGGAAAAUUUUAUAAAUUUAAUGAAUGAUCGAAUUUAAGGGGAAAUGUAAUAGAUUUUUUAUAUAAAUAUUUUAGACUUUAUCAUGAAAUCGAUUUAUUUAGUAAGGGCUUCAUUACUUAUUGGGAGAUGUAUAAUCAUUAUGAAGAAAUUGAAAAGUUACUAAAAUAAUGA